GGAGAAGGCGGCGGUGGGGCGGGACUCGGAGCCUAAUGUAGCCGGGGCGGGGUUCCACUGCGAUCGAUCUCCAGGCUAGCGGGAGGCGGCGAGGCGCGGAGCGCUGUGGCCCGGAUGUUGGGGCGCUGCGUUCCAACCGGCUGAAUCCCGGGCUUCUUUGGAGAACCUAGCGUGGCCAAUGGCUGUCGAUAUUCAACCAGCAUGCCUUGGACUCUACUGUGGGAAGACCCUAUUAUUUAAAAACGGCUCAAAUGAAAUCUAUGGAGAAUGUGGGGUGUGCCCAAGAGGACAAAGAACAAAUGCACAGAAAUACUGCCAGCCUUGCACAGAAUCCCCCGAACUUUAUGACUGGCUGUAUCUUGGAUUUAUGGCGAUGCUUCCUCUUGUUCUACAUUGGUUCUUCAUUGAAUGGUACUCGGGGAAAAAGAGCUCCAGUGCGCUUUUCCAGCACAUCACUGCGCUGUUUGAGUGCAGUAUGGCAGCUAUCAUCACCUUGCUGGUGAGUGAUCCAGUGGGCGUCCUUUACAUCCGCUCCUGCCGAGUACUGAUGCUUUCCGAUUGGUACACGAUGCUGUACAACCCGAGUCCAGAUUAUGUCACUACGGUGCACUGCACUCAUGAAGCAGUCUACCCUCUAUACACCAUCGUGUUUGUGUACUACGCCUUCUGCCUGGUGUUGAUGAUGCUGCUGCGGCCUCUCCUGGUGAAGAAGAUUGCCUGUGGGCUGGGGAAGUCUGAGCGGUUCAAAAGCAUUUAUGCUGCACUUUACUUCUUCCCCAUCCUGACUGUGCUGCAGGCGGUUGGUGGAGGCCUCUUGUAUUAUGCCUUCCCCUACAUUAUAUUAGUGUUAUCCUUGGUUACUCUGGCUGUGUACAUGUCUGCUUCUGAAAUAGAGAACUGCUAUGAUCUUCUGGUCAGGAAGAAAAGACUCAUUGUCCUCUUCAGCCACUGGCUGCUGCACGCCUAUGGGAUAGUCUCCAUCUCAAGAGCAGACAGGCUUGAACACGACCUACCACUUUUGGCUUUGGUACCUACACCAGCGCUGUUUUAUUUGUUCACUGCAAAAUUUACUGAACCAUCACGGAUACUCUCAGAAGGGGCCAAUGGACACUGAAAAAA